UCCCUCUCUCUCCAUCUCUUGAUCUGCACAUCCCCUACUGGUAAACUGCCAGAGGCUUGUGUGGAUGUUUCGCAAGUGCUGGAUAUCAGUCAGGAACGUCAUUUUGGGGAAUUCGAAACUUGGACCAUGCUCAGGGAAAGGGCCAAAGGGGUUUUAUUACCACUGUUUUCAGCGCCAGAGAAGCAGUAAGGACAGAGCUUAAUCUUCACAUCCUUCACAUCGCAUCUGUCUGACCCUCCUUCCCAUUCAGAAGACAAACUCAAAGUGAUCUGAACGAGGAUGGCUACAUUUGAUGGAAUCCCAACCUGUCUCUCAGCGGACCUCUUUUUCAGGAACAUGCUGUUGGCCAAGACCAAGGAAGAACCCAACAGCAAAAUGUUCUCCUGCUUCAGCUGCGCCCUGGAGAACCUCCAGAGGGAGCCACCGUGUGUGAGAAGCAAUGCCCAUCUCACUGUUUCUGAUGGGCGCACUCUGAUGGAGUUCACCUCGGGCGACGGGUCGGUCGCAGUCACCGUCUUCCACAAUCAAGGCAAAGUGCACUACAAUGUCUUGGUACCCAACUGGGACCUAUAUUUUGCUCGUCUCUGCUCUAAUCCUCAGCCUCUCAGUCUCAGUAAUAUCCUUAGCAUCCGUGGUCAUCUACAUAACUGGGGUUCCUUUAGGAAAGGGUUUUCCCCUUUGGCCUGCUUUGACCUAGCAGUGGAAAAAUUCUGCAUGGAACCCGAUACCAUCCAGAAGGAUGCUGAGAUGUUGGUGGAAUGUGGUGGGCGGGUGGUGAGGUUUGUCUCCGGCCAGGAAACCUAUAAGAUUUCGGUCUUCUUUAAACAAGGCGAGGCCAAAUAUGAAGUCCAUGUAGACAACUGGGAUGUGGUCAUGGAGCGUUUGCAGACUGGGGUGGAGGCGCUAAGCUUGGAGAACUUGUUGCGUGUGAAGAACAGGCUGAAACUCCAGAAAUGGCGGGAGCUAAGGUCUUGCCUGGAUGAGGCCAUUAGUCGGUUCUCCCAGGAACCCCGUUGCGUUCAGGAUAAUGCCAAAAUGUUGAUUACGACCAGUAAUGAGAAAGUUGUGCUGAUCUCUGGGAAAGGGGAGAACCUCAUCACAGUGACAUAUGGGUAUGGAAGCGUUGACUACAAGUUGGUAGAACGAGGCUGGUGGGAGGUGGCUGCCAGGGUCCUCCAAAAGAAAGAGACACAUACAACAGAACGUAUUUAAAAGACUGGCUCCACCAAACGCUUCCUAAAAAUAAAAAUAUGGAGGGCAGCAUCAAGGUGGUAAGCUUUGCCACACUGACUUGGGUGUAUUUGUUAGCAUGAAUGUGGAAAAACUGCAGGCAUAUCACUUUACAGUCGUACCUUAGUUUUCAAACGCCUUGGGAGUCAAACGUUUUGGCUCCCGAAUGAUCGAAAACUGGAAGUGAUUAUUCCGGUUUUUGAAAGUUCUUUGGAACCCAAACAUCUGAAGCGACUUCCACGGCUUCCGAUUGGCUGCAGGAGCUUCCUGCAGCCAAUCGGAAGCUGCACCUUGGUUUCCAAACAUUUUGGAAGUCGAACGGGCUUCUGGAAUGGAUUCCGUUUGACUU